CGCUCCUUUUCAGAGAAUUUCUCUCUUUGCUUUUAUUUUGCACAUAUGAGUGACACGCCAGAUUCUAACCCCAAAAUGUCGACCGAUAAUGAGGCUAAGCCGAUGCCUGUCGCCAUCGUGGGUAUGGCCUGCAGAUUACCUGGCCAAGUAAGUAGUUUGGAAUCAUUCUGGGAAUUAUGUUCGCGUGGUCGAAGUGGAUGGUCAGAAAUGCCCGAGAGUCGCUUUAAUGCGGCUGGUUUCUACCACCCAAAUCCAGACCGUACAGGAUGCUUCAACCCGAAAGGCGGUCACUUUUUGGACGAAGAUGUUGCUUUUUUUGACGCCCCCUUCUUCAAUAUCACGGUACAAGAAGCGCGCUCCCUCGAUCCACAGCAACGACUACUUCUCGAAUGUUCAUAUGAGGCGCUGGAAAAUGGCGGAAUUACGAAACAAUAUCUUCAAGGUCGCGAUGUUGGAGUUUUUGUCGGCGGUUCACCAUCGGACUACGAAGUCAACAACCUUCGUGAUACUGCGACCAUUCCUAUGCAUCAGACUACGGGUUGCGCAACGUCUCUGCAGUCGAACCGUAUCUCCUACUACUUUGAUUUAAAAGGUCCCAGCAUGACCGUGGAGACGGCAUGUUCAUCAAGCUUAACUGCCUUGCACCUAGCAUGCCAGAGCCUCCGAUCCAAAGAAUGUUCGACGGCCUUGGUCGGUGGGUGCCACGUUAACCUGCUACCGGAUACAUUCGCUUCGAUGUCUCUUUCUCGGCUGUUUUCAGAGAGCGGAAAGAGCUUCCCUUUUGACCAGCAAUCCAAGUCGCAGACAGUGAACGGGUAUGGCCGUGGCGAAGGUGUGGGUUGUCUGGUGUUGAAGCCACUACAAGAUGCAGUGGAUGCGGGUGAUGCGAUCCGAGCCGUGAUUCUGAACACCGGUGUGAAUCAAGAUGGUCGAACUCGAGGCAUCACCAUGCCAAACAGCGUAUCCCAAGAAGAACUUAUACGCAGAGUUUAUCAACAAGCACAGAUUGACCCCGGCGAAACCGGAUUUGUCGAAGCGCAUGGAACGGGGACGACUGUUGGCGAUCCGGCCGAAGCAAGGGCUUUAUCGGCUGUUUUUUGUGAAGGGCGGAAUCGGAAAAGCCCCCUCCUGAUAGGCUCUGUGAAAUCAAAUAUCGGACACACCGAGGGGGCGAGCGGAAUUGUGGCUGUGAUUAAAACCGCCUUGAUGUUGGAGAGAGGAUUUGUUCUACCGAAUUGUGGUGUGACCGAACCCAACGACGAGAUCCCAAUGAAAGAUUGGAAUUUAAAGGUUCCCAAGAAGGUCGCACCCUGGCCCAGAGGGAAGGAAUAUGCCAGUGUCAACAACUUUGGCUAUGGAGGUACCAAUGCUCAUGUUAUCAUGGGAAAGGCACCGAAGAUUCAAUCCCUGAAGAAGACAUCUGAUGCCCGACUGCAAGAGGGCUCAAUCGAUAAAAUGAAGGAGCAAUCUGCGGCACGCUAUGUGUACACACUCUCAGGACCUAACAAAAGAGCAGUUGGGGCGCUGGCCAAAAACGUGGCAACUUACCUGGAAAAGCAUCCAGAUGCCUUUGAUGCCUUUGUCAUGAGCAAUCUUGCAUACACAUUGGGUCAAAGGCGCAGCUUAUUUCCGUGGAGGGCGGCUGUCUCUGCCUCCACUAGCAAAGAGCUGAUCGCACUUCUGUCAGCCGACCUGGAACCAUUCAAUGUCUCUGAAGAACCUUCCGUCUCUUUGGUAUUCACGGGCCAGGGUGCUCAGUGGUAUGGGAUGGGCCAGGAACUAUUGGAAGUUUCGCCAGUAUUUGCUGGGACAUUGCAGAAUGUGGACAGGAUCCUCAAGGCUUUGAAGAGUGGAUUUUCGAUUAUUGAUGAGCUACGCAAGGAUUCAUCCAACAGCUCCCUCUAUGAGCCAUACCUCAGUCAGCCGGCCUGCACAGCUCUUCAGGUUGCAUUGGUUGACCUUCUUUGCUCCUGGGGUAUCUCUCCUCUCUCGGUUAUCGGCCACUCCAGCGGAGAAAUCGCAGCUGCCUAUGCCGCCGGUAUCCUCACCAUCGAGCAAUGUGUACGUAUUGCAUAUGCUCGCGGUGCAGCAGCACAAGCUCUGAAGAACGAUCCACGGCAAAUCGAAGGAAUGAUGAUGGUGGCUGGAGCCAGCCCGACAAGACUCCAGCCAUUCAUAGACGAGAUUGCAGGAGGCUGUGCCGUGAUCGCAUGUAUCAACAGUGAAUCAAGCGUGACUAUCUCUGGCGAUGCGGAUUCAAUCACCAGACUCGAUGCCAUUCUGAGUAAACAGGACAUAUUCACUCGAAAACUUCGCACUGGAGUUGCCUAUCACUCACCCCACAUGAAGCAAAUUGCUGGGAGCUAUAGGGGGCUCAUGGGAAAAAUUGUGCCACGAGAGUCGACAAUUCCUUUCCACUCUACUGUUCGAGGCCAGCUUGUUGAUGCCACUUCCCUGACUGAAGAUUACUGGAUUCAAAAUCUCACUUCCCCAGUCUUGUUCUCGCAAGGCUUGCAAAGUUUGAUUACAGAAUGCAACACCGGUGCCAGCAAACGGACCCACAUCCUCAUCGAGAUCGGGCCUCAUCCUGCCUUGCAAUCUCCCAUUCAAACCAUUACUCGACAAGAUUCAAGAGAUACGGACUUCCAGUACCUUCCAAGCAUCAAGCGCCAUACGAAUUCCGUGGAUGCUAUUCAAGCCCUCGCUGGGGCCCUGUUUUCCAGGGGAGUUUCAGUCGAUUUAGGUGCCGUCAAUGUGUUUGCUGCCUUUGGAAAACAUCCUCAGCUUUUGACAAACCUCCUGAACUAUCCAUGGGACCACUCCACUAGACUUUGGCACGAUUCGCGCAUAUCCCACAAUUCAAGCCAUCCUCAAUUCCCUCGAAAUGACAUUUUGGGUAGUUUCUCCGUUGAGAAUAUCGACCUGGAGCCGCGAUGGAGAAACAUCAUACGCGCCGACGAUCUACCCUGGGUCCGGCAGCACAAGGUCCACGGUAAUUCCGUGUACCCGAUGACUGGAUUCUUAUCCAUGGCGGUUGAAGGUGUUGCGCAGUUGGCACACUUGCAAAAUAUCCAGCUCGAUUGCGUGGAAAUGCGCGACGUAAAAAUGCAACGGAUGCUCGUGCUGCCUGAUACUUCCCCGGUGGAAGUCAUGCUGUCUAUGAAAAUACAUAAUGGGACCUCCAUGGCUCAUGGAGCUUGGUAUGAGUUCUGGACAUACUCCUGGGCGGAUGGCAGAGGAUGGGAUGAGCAUUGUCGCGGUUUCGUCAUCGCUAGAGGCCCCGAGCGAUCGAACCCUGUGAAUGAGGCCAAACUUGCCCUUGCUCGGAAUCUUUCUGCUUUCAGUGAGGAAUGCACCCAACACCUGAACUUGACGGAGAUUUACGCCAACAUUGCAGCUACUGUGCUUAGCUAUGGACCCCUUUUCCGUGAAUUUUCGAGUAUUUCUCUGAGCGGAGAUGGGAGGUCGACAGCAAAUGCACGUGUGCCAGACACCAAGAGCUGCAUGCCCUUUGGAUACGAGACUAGGUGUUUGGUGCAUCCCGUAACAUUGGAUAUGUUCCUGCAGCAGUUCUGGUUUUUCAGUGGAUUUGAUAAACCUGGGCCCAACUUUUCUUAUCUCGCGGACUCGGUCAAACACAUGCUGAUUCCACUCAAUGAUUCCGUUGAUAUCGGAACCCAGUUCAAGCUGUACACCACCCAAGACCGCAGGCCUACUAAUGGAGAAAACGUGAGCUAUAGUGUUUUGGGGGUUAUAACGGAGACUGGUGAGCCUUGGAUUACAGUCAAUGGGUUCACUGCAACACGCAUCAAUGACGCCCCAGAUACGUUCGACACUAAUGUCCAAAGGUCUCUAUGUUAUAAAGAGCACUUCGAGCCUUGCUUUGACCUGUUGGAGGCAUCUGGAGCCACACUACUUCAACAUUCGAAUGCCAACCGCAGAUGUGCAGUUGAACAGAUGCGUCUUUUGGAGCAAGUUUCACAUUACUAUAUUAGCCGUGCGCUACUUGAUUUACCGCAGAAGCUUCCGACCUUGCUACUCCACCACCAGUUGCUUUACCGCUGGAUGCAGAAGGUGUGUCCGUACCCUUCUGAAUCGGUCAGAAUAUGUGACAGCGAGACGAUUGAAUUGGUUCGGGCGAUGAACGCUGCAGGCCAGCUAUCCUGCAAGAUUGGUGAAAACCUGCCCAGUAUUCUCCAGGGUAAUCAGGAAGCACUGUCCAUCAUGGUUGAAGAUGAUCUUCUGAACCGUUAUUACGAGAGUCUGGAUGGCUACCGUCAGAGUUACCGGAACGCAGUCCUCUGUGUUGAAAAGAUGGCUCAUCAAAAUCCCCACAUGGACAUUCUUGAGAUUGGUGCUGGUACUGGAUCAGCGACAUUGCCCAUCCUGGAAGGUUUCGGUGGCAAGAACGGAGAGAGCACACCGCGCUUCCAUCAUUUCACCUACACGGAUAUCUCAACAGGUUUCUUUGAGAAGGCGAAGGAAAAGUUCCAUGACUGGGAUUCCCUCAUGUCUUAUCAAAGCCUCGACAUCACGAAGGAUCCAGUUGAGCAAGGAUACGCCGCCAAAUCCUACGAUCUGAUCAUUGCCUGUAACGUUUUGCAUGCCACCCCCCGUAUUGGCGAGACUGUGGCAAAUGCGCGCAAGCUUUUAAGGCCGGGCGGAAAACUUCUUCUGAUUGAAGAGACGAUCAUGCAUCAAAGACUUUUCUUGUUCGCCUGUCUUCCCGGGUGGUGGGCAAGUCAAGACGGAAGACAUGCCAACGGUCCCCUCCUAGCUCAACAGGAGUGGGAUGCUGUUCUCAAGGAUAACGGCUUUUCUGGAGUCGAUCUUUGCCUCGAGGAUUUCCCUGGUGCAUUCGAAGCAUCCAAUUGCAUGAUGGUUUCCACUGCUGCCGGUGGUCGGACCACGACACAGCAUGAUGUUGUCAUUGUUGACCAUGGGAUGCUGAACACCAUUCCAACUGGCGCUUUGAUUGACAGUCUCAAGGAUAUAACUGGUCUCGCUCCCAGUGUCACGCAGUUGGAUCAGGUGGAUGCGAGCGGCAAAAUUUGCGUGUUUAUCGGCGAGAUUGGUCAAAGCCUUCUCUCUGGUUUGACCACGAAACAUUUCCCUGCAGUCCAGCGACUGAUCACAACUGCGAAGGGGCUGUUGUGGGUUACUGGACACAAGGAUUCGGCUUCACAGCAAGCUGAUCUAAAGAUGAUUCUCGGCUUGGCUCGCACUGUGAGAAAUGAAACAGGCCUUCCAUUCGCCACAUUGGACCUCGGCAACCUCAACAGCAUUUCGGGCAAGGAUAUCGUGCGUCAUAUCAAACAUGUCUUCAAGGGAGUCUUCAUUCCAUCUUCCCAGUCAGUUCUUAUGAAUGGAGACCGGGAAUUCACUCUUCGAAAUGGAGAAGUCUGUGUCUCCCGCUUGGUGAAAGAUCCUGUCAUGAACUUGAGCAUGCUCCAAGAAGCAGGAAAAGCGCCUCCGCAGCUCCAGAAAUUCCAGCAAGAUGGGAGACCGCUCACGCUAAAACUGACCGAUGUUGGUGCUUUGGACGGAUUCUUGUUCACCGAUGAUCCCACUAAGAGUGCACCUCUGCGAAAGGGGUUCAUCGAGCUCCAGGUUUGCUACACGGGUCUCAAUUUCAGGGACAUCAUGACCGUCAUGGGAGAGGUCCCUGGAUCCGAGAUUGGUGCCGAAUGCAGUGGUAUUGUGACCGCCGUUGGUACCGGAGUUCACGACUUUAGGGUUGGAGAUCGUGUGUGCGCUAUGUUCAGUGGAUGCUUUUCGAAUUACAUUCACUGUCCUGCGACCAAUGCUUGGAAGAUUCCCUUGGGGGUGUCUCUGAAUGUUGCCGCCACUAUUCCUGUGACUUUUUGUACAGCCUACUACUCCAUGGUGGACGUGGCCCGAGUCGAGCCUGGGGAGAAUGUGUUAAUCCACUCAGCAGCUGGAGGCCUUGGACAAGCAGCCAUUCUUCUUGCGCAGUCCAUCGGUGCCAAAGUGUUUGCCACCGUAAGUACUCAGGAGAAGAAAGAAUUUCUCAUGAAAACAUACGGCUUGAGCGGGGACCAGAUAUUCUACAGCAGAGAUACUGGAUUUGGGCAAGCUAUCCGGCAUGCAACACAAGGGCGUGGUGUUGACGUCGUCCUGAAUUCUCUAAGUGGAGAUUUCCUCCGAGUUUCCUUUGAAACUUUAGCUCCAUUUGGUCGUUUCGUUGAACUUGGAAAGAGAGACUUCUUGCAAAACUCACGACUAGAAAUGUCCCAUUUCUUGAACAACGUCUCGGUUUCUUCGGUGGAUCUGGUUCUUGUUAUGCAACGCAAGCCAAAACUUUUGAAAAGACUUCUUGGAGACGUCUUCCAGCAAUUUUCUGAGGAUGUCUUCUGCCGACCACCCUGGCCUAUUACCUCUUACUCUAUUUCAGAGACGGAAGAUGCUUUCCGUGAGAUGCGAACAGGCCGUCAAAUUGGCAAGAUUGUUAUCGAAAUGAAGGCAGAUUCAUUGGUGAAGGUUCAUCCGCCAACUCGAUCUGAUUCUCUUGUUCGCCAAAACGCAACAUACAUCAUUGUCGGUGGCAAUCGAGGCAUCGGCCUGAACAUCACUUCCUGGCUAGCGGAGAAGGGGGCGCGGCAUUUGCUGAUCGUAUCCCGCUCUGGUCUGGUGGGUGAGGAGGCACAGAAUGCAAUUAUCAGACUCAUCAAUCAAGGAGUGACAGUCAAGGUGUGCCAAUGUAACGUUGGGGCCAAAGAGGAAAUGGAGACUCGGCUGAAGAGUAUCUUGUCGGAACUUCCGCCAGUUCGGGGUGUUAUCUACGGUGCCAUGAUUCUGCGGGAUGUUCCCUUCGAGAAAAUGGAGUAUGCCGAUUACAGUUCAGUGGUCCAGACACGGGUUCAAGGACUUUGGAAUGUUCAUCAUACGCUGGCGUCCCUUGGUCAGAAUCUUGAUUUCCUAAUCAAUCUCUCCUCGGUGGCCGGUGUCAUUGGAAAUCUCACGCAAGCCGCGUACGCUGCCAGUGGAACAUUUAUGGACGGCUUUGCUGAGUCCAUGAACACCGUUGGUCUACCAUGUACCACCAUCGACCUUGCGCCUGUUCGUGACGUGGGAUAUCUCGCCAAUGAUCAAAAGACCCAGGAUAUCGUUCAAGGCACUUUUGGUGGAAGCUGGCUUGACGCAGAAGAUAUCCACGGCCUUCUUGCAAGUGCCAUCAAGGGUGUCAUGAAGGAAUCCUGCAACAACCACUGCAUCACGGGCCUCGAUUCUGUCCAAGCAUCAAGCGUAACUGCUGGUCAGGCUUGGUCGCAAGAUCAGAGGUUCGCACAGUUGGUCCGCGCGGCGGCUGUUUCCGCAUGUUCCAAAUCUGCAGAUCGGUUGAGCGAUCUCGCGUCGGAAAGUCCUGCGAAAGCAUUACAGCAAGCCCAAGACCUCACACAAGGUCAGGAUAUCAUCGCACAGGCCCUACUGAAGAAGCUUUGUGGUCUCUUAAUGCUCUCAUUGGAGGAUGUCGAUGUAUCUAAGCCGAUCUCUGCCUUUGGGCUGGACUCCCUUGUGGCCAUCGAGGUCCGACAUUGGAUAUCGCGCGAAUUCGAGGCCAGCCUCCAGCUCUUGGAGAUUUUGGCCAGCGAUUCGGUUAGUGGGUUGGCCGGUACGAUUUUGCAUAAAUCCGGCGCCCUCCCGGACGGUCUCAAAUCCUCAGAUGCGAACGGGAAAUCCUGA